AUUAAUUUUAAAGAUUGACAGAAAAUUGUUACCACAAAACUGGGAACGGGAAAUUAUUGAAAUUGCGUGCAUGAUGCAAAUUAGGAAUUACCCAUACUGGCUGAUUCUAAGAAUUCUAUAAAUAUACCAGCUCCUCUCUUCAUAGGUUCUGCACACCCACCAAUUCUAUUAGUCUUUGUUUAGUAUUGAGAAAGUAGUAACAAUGACUUUAGCAACCAUAUUUACGUUCGUGUUCUAUCUAUUAAUCUUAGUAACCAAUGGUGUUGUUUCGGUAGAUUACAAAUCAGCUCUUACCAAAUCUUUGUUAUACUAUGAAGCUCAACGAUCCGGAAGACUACCGGCCAACCAGCGUGUCCAAUGGCGAGGCGAUUCUGGCCUCUACGAUGGCAGGGAUUUCGAAGUUGAUUUAGUGGGAGGAUACUAUGAUGCCGGAGACAACGUCAAAUUCGGAUUUCCCAUGGCAUUUAUGGUAACAAUGCUGGGUUGGAGCGUGGUGGAAUUCGAGUCACAAUUGGAGGUCAAUGGAGAGCUGGACAAUGCUCUGGCGGCCAUCAAAUGGGGAACCGAUUACUUGCUUAAAUCUCAUCCCCAACCUGACGUUCUGUACGGUGAAGUCGGAGAUGGUAACUCCGACCAUCAGUGUUGGCAGCGACCGGAAGACAUGACGACUCCCAGAACUCCCUACAAGAUUGACGCUCAGCAUCCCGGAGCCGACCUCGCCGGAGAAACUGCCGCCGCUUUUGCUGCUGCUUCCAUAGCUUUCAAAAAUUCAAACCGUAUGUAUUCUAAACGACUUCUCGGUCACGCCAAACAGUUGUUCGAAUUUGCCCAGGCGCAUCCUGGCAUGUACCAGAACAGUAUCGGAGUCGCUGGGGGAUUCUAUCCAAGCAGCGGAUUUGAAGAUGAACUAUUAUGGGCAGCAGCCUGGUUAGAUCGAGCAACUCAAGACCCAACUUACUCCCAAUAUCUCAACCAAGCCUCAAAUACAGGUGGCACAAGAUCCAUGUUCUCUUGGGAUGACAAAUUUGUUGGAGCCCAAGUCCUUGUUGCCAAGAAUUUGCUGGAGGGAAGACUCAAGGAUCAAUAUGGAAACUUAGGCCCAUACAAGAACAACGCAGAACAAUUCAUAUGCAAUUGUGUCCAAAAGGGAAGCAGCAACGUUGGAAAGAGCGGUGGAGGACUUCUAUGGUGGAAUAGUUUUAAUAACCUCCAAUACGUAACAACUGCGACAUUCGUCAUCACAACUUAUGCGGACAUCUUGGCUAAUACUAAAAACACUCUCAAUUGCCCCGCGGGUGCCCUUACCCCAAAUGAUUUGAUCGCAUUCGCCCGUUCUCAGGUGGAUUACAUUUUAGGAUCCAACCCGAAAAACUUGAGUUAUAUGGUUGGAUAUGGGACGAAUUAUCCACAAAGAGUACACCAUCGAGGAGCAUCCAUCGUGUCGAUUAAGAGAGAUAGUACACCGGUGUCUUGCCAACAAGGGUUUUCAGAAUGGUACUACAAGGAUGCACCAAAUCCAAAUAUCAUAGAAGGUGCAAUUGUUGGAGGACCUGACCCAAGUGACAACUAUGACGACUCAAGAGGCAACUACCAACAAAAUGAGGCUGCCACAGCCAAUACUGCUCCUCUUGUUGGAGUUUUAGCUCGUAUGGCUUAAAUCUAUAUAUACAUACUUAUGAUUUAGCUAGAUAUUGCUAGGUUUAAGGGUAAUGUAAGGGCUAAAUUUAUGUUUGUAUCAUAAUUACUGCAUGUGAUGAAAUAAAAUUGGACGCUAGCUCUUCUACGUACGUGAAUGCGCUUCAUGGCCAGGUAAAGG